UACCGUAACGCGGUGUUACUUUGCUACGUAUUGGUGACUUUACACAUGACCGGUAUAUUUUCACUGAACAUUAUAUUUGUAUUAAAUCUGACAUCGUUGCGACAAAACACGUGCAGAGUUGAUUAAGUCGAAUGAUGGUUGGAAUUACACAAUUCGAGAAAAGUGUUCAGUCCGUUGUGGAACGGUGUGGUGGACGUUUGAGCUGCGGCGUGAUUAUCGGCCGUUUCAACAACUGCUUGGUAUAAUGGGCCGCAUUUAUAAAAGAAGAGUUGGUAAUAGAAAUUACGCAAAUUAUUCUGAAGACACAUUAAAAAAUGCUGUUGCAGCAAUCCGUGCUGGGGCUAGUUACAGGGAAGCUGGAAUCCGUUAUGGAAUUCCAUGGAAAACCUUGUGGAACAAGGUCAAAGGAAAACAUAAGAACAAAGUGGGUGGACCAACUGCAUUAACGGAAGUCGAGGAAAGAGUUUUGGUAGACGUGCUUCUUGCAGCUGGUGAGUUUGGAAGUCCUCUCACUGCAUUCGAUCUCAGAUUACUAGUCAAAAGAUAUUUUGAUCGAAAGGGAACGAUCAUAAGCAAGUUUCCAAACAACUUGCCAGGCCACGACUGGGUUUUGAAUUUUAUGGAUAGGCACAAAGAUAAGCUGUCACAAAGAAGCUGCCAGAACAUCAAGACAUGUCGUGCAGAGAAAACGGAAGAGGAGAUGCAAAAUUAUUUUGAAAAUUUGGAGAGAAGCCUGAGAGAUGUUUCACCUACUAAUAUUUUAAAUUUCGAUGAAACUAAUCUUUCCGAUGACCCCGGAUCUAAAAAAUGUAUAUUUCGGCAAGAUUGAAGAGGUGAACAGGCCAGAAUUGGUGGUCAAAUUUAUGAGAGUGAAACGGGAAAAUCUUUUUGUUUUCCCGGACAAAGAUGAUAUUUCCGUACAAAAUGAAGACGACAUUGUUAUGUAUCUGAAGCCUCCAUCAAUGAAGAGGGGCAUUUAUACGUUCGAUGGACUGAAUACUACAGAGUACAAAUUUUGAAUAUUUUAUGUAUACCUAUAUUUAGAGUUGAGAAUGCUUUUUACUUUAUCAAGUUAACAAAAAUGUUUUAUUUACUUUUGUACUUUAUUUACGA